AUGGGCGGCCUAGGCAAGACUUACCUUCUGCAAAAUGUCUACAAUUUCACCAAAGACAGGUUUGAGAAAUCCAUCUGGCUUUCAAUUUCGCAGUCAUUUUCUAUUUCCAAGUUGCAACAUGACAUAGCAUCUCACUUAGAUAUAAAGGAUAAAAUUCAUGGAGUGUCAGAACAAAGAGCGGAGGAAUUGAUUAAUGCCCACUUGAAAGAAAAGAAAAUUCUCAUUGUUCUAGAUGAUGUAUGGAAGCCCGUAAAUGAGGACAAUUUCAUAGAGAGACUUGGUUUGACAAUUGGGCAUAACUUCAAACUUGUGAUCACAACUAGAAACAAAGAAGUUUGCAGAAAUGUGAAGGCAGAAAUUUAUGAGAUGGAAUGUUUGAGUGAAGAAGAAAGUUGGAAACUGUUUUGUAUUUAUGGGUUUCCAGAGUAUGAGGGAAACAGAGCACCUGAGCACCUUCUGGAUGUAGCUCGCAAGGUUGCAAAGGAAUGUGGAAACCUGCCCUUGGCCAUCAAGACAACUGCAGCAUCUCUUGCAGGCGCCACACUCCCCAGGGAACGGAAUUCCAAAUUAAGGUAG